AUGAAAUCUUCGUUCCAUCAAAUCACGGUUCAUCGUGAUACCAUCCCUCUCACGGCGAUUGUUACGUCUUCUGGGCUGUUUGAGUGGUUGAAAAUGCCUCAGGGCAGCGCCGCUGCUCCCGGAUGGUUCUGUAAGGUCGUCAACAAAGUCAUCAAAAAUCUUCGAAGUGUUGCGUCGUACCUGGACGACCUCAUUAUCUUUGAUGAAACCCCGGCCGCUCAUGUAGCGACCAUUCGCUCUCUUUUCGAAAGAUUGUGCAAGCACAAUUUGAAGCUGACUCUCCCAAAAGCCACUAUUUGCGCCACGGAAGCCGAGAUUCUUGGGCACACUAUAUCUCCGGACGGCGUUCGACCGAGUGGUGAAAUUUUGUUUGCUCUCACCAAGAUGCCGAUGCCCAAAGACACCAAGCAGCUUCGAGCUUUGCUGGGUGGUUUGAGCUAUUAUCGGAAGUUUCUUCCACAGAUGGCUAAGCGUAUUCACCCUCCUACGACUCUACUUAAGAAGAAUGUCAAGUUUGAGUUCACGGGUUCAAUGGAAUCCGUCGUUCGCCAACUUCUCGAGGAACUGGCGAACCCUCCUGUUCUGGUGUAUCCAGAUUGGGAUGCUGGUCAUUGGACUCCUCUGGAUCUUGAAGCUGGCAGUAUCAUUUGGUGCAUCAAGCACCUUCGCGAUUACCUUUGGGGCACCCAUUUCAAGAUUUUCACGGAUCACAAGUCCCCUGAACACCUUAAACAGGUGGGGGAAGCCAACGCUCGCGUUCAACGUUGGUGGGAAUUCCUCACGGCAUACUCCUACGCUCUUGAGUAUCGUAAGGGUUCGUCUAACGGCAAUGCUGACUUGUUCUCUCGACUACCGCUAGAAGCUACCGAGCGUGACCGUUCUGGCCGCAGUCGUUUGACUCCGUCGGCUGAAGACGGAGUGUUUUUUUUAUUCGUUCUUGUGGAUUUGUGCCUUCUGGCCAUCACGCCGGUGUCAGCUUGGGUGGGCUCGUUCCGUCUGCCCCGAGUUCAGUCUUGGGUGCGCUAUAGCCUUCUUCAGCUGACUUUGCUGAUUUUCGUGAGGAUGGACCGCGCGCUAGUGUCGUUCAUUCCGGAGUUCCUUCGGGCGUCUGGUCUGUUAAAGGUUUAA